AAUAAUCCUAAUGCUAGAAAUUUAUUAAUUAUGGUCUCUAUUCUCUUUUUAUCUUCCARUUUUAGGGGAUAUUGUUUCUUAGCUACUGGUCUGUAAUUCAGUUAUUUGUAAUUCAAUUUGUAAUUCAAUUGUUUGUAAUUCAACUGUUUGUAAUUCAGUUUUGUUAGGGUAAGCUAACCCUAGAGGGUUUUUUUUUUCACUCACUCUUGAGUUUUGGAGGUUUUCAUGGACUCCAGAUACUUGGUGAGAUCUAGAGAUGGACUUGGGCAGGAAGAACCCCCCAGCCCUCUCACACUUUGUAUUUCCUCCAAACCAGGAUUUCCCAUUCGCAAACUUUGGCCAGAUGGAGGAGGAGGAGGCUGUGAGGAAGAGGAGGAUGCCCCAGGACCCCCAGGCAGGCAAUGAGCUGAGGAUGGAGAGCAAGGAGGAAAAAUCCCUCCAGCAGAACCUCAUGGAAGAGGCCGUUCUGAGCGGCUCCACAGCACAGGAAUCCAACAGGGAGGAAAAGCCCCAGAGAUCCCACACACAGAGGGACCCCAAACCCAUCUCAGGGUGCUCUGAGGGGGAAAGACCCACCCAGUGCCAGGAAGGCUCUCAGAGCUUCAGCCAGAGCUCAGAGCUGGGGGUCCAUGAGCAGCUUCACGCUGGGGAGAAGCCCUACAAGUGUAGGGAGUGUGGGAAGAGCUUCAGCUGGAGCUCCAGCCUGGUCCGUCACCAGCGCAUUCACACCGGGGAGCAGCUCCACGAGUGUGAGGAGUGUGGGAAGAGCUUCUGCUGGAGCUCCAGCCUGGUCCGUCACCAGCGCAUCCACACCGGGGAGCAGCUCCACGAGUGUGAGGAAUGUGGGAAGGUCUUCAGGCACAACUCCAGCCUGAUCGUCCACCGGAGGAGCCACACUGGGGAGAGGCCCUACGAGUGUCCCGAGUGUGGGAAGAGCUUCAGCAUCAACUCCAGCCUGAUGGUCCACCUGAGGAGCCACAGCGAGGAACGGCCCUACACGUGUGGGGAAUGUGGGGAGAGCUUCAAACGCAGCUCCCACCUGCUGGGUCACCGSAAGAUCCACACUGGGGAACGGCCCUAUGAGUGUGGGCRRUGUGGGAAGGGCUUCAGAGACAGCACCAACCUCAUCGUCCACCUGAGGAGCCACACGGGAGAGAGGCCCUAUCAGUGUGGGGAGUGUGGGAGGAGCUUCAGCAUCAACUCCAGCCUGGUCCGUCACCAGCAGAUCCACACCGGGGAGAGGCCCUACGAG